AAAAAAGUUAAAAUUAUCAACUCUCAUAUCCUUACAUCCGUACAACAAAUAUAGAUUCGAAAUCAACAACAGUCCUAACUUGGGAACUUUCCCAACCGCCCUACACAUGAACUCCAUUAGUUAACUCUAAGUUAGAGUUGUCGCAGAGAUUUUUUUUCAUAGUAAAAAGGAUGGCUGGUAAUUUGGGGUCACUGAGACGGAGCUUUUCAGAGAGAGGGAGAGAGCGGCUGCUGUCGAGAAAGUACUAUUCGGAGGUUGAAUCGGACGUGAAACAUGAGGGCUGGCUUUUCGAGAGCUUGUGGAAGAGCCUCAAAGAUAUUGCGGUUAGCGCGUAUGCUAUGGGAAGAUCUGACCCGAGAAAAGCGAUGUUCGCUGCCAAAACGGGCUGCGCUCUCUGUCUGGUUUCUCUCCUCAUCUUCUUCAACGAGCCCUCCAAUUAUAUCACCGAGCAUUCCAUCUGGGCCAUCCUCACCGUCGUCGUUGUCUUUGAGUUCAGCAUAGGGGCGACGUUGAACAAAGGGUUUAAUCGAGCGUUGGGGACUUUCUCUGCUGGUGCACUGUCUUUAGGGAUUGCAGAAUUGGCCAAGCUUGCUGGUUUAAUUUCAGAAGCUGUGAUUGUCAUCAGUAUUUUUGUUGCAGGUUUCUUGUGUAGUUAUUUGAAGCAGCAUCCGGCUGUGAAGCAGUACGAAUAUGGAUUUCGGGUGUUCAUGCUGACAUUUUGCAUCGUUCUGGUGUCUGAUCCAUUGGAGUUUGUUCAGACUGCUGUUUCCAGAUUGGUGCUGAUUGCAGUUGGUGCUGCUGUUUGUUUGGUCAUGAAUGUAUGCAUUUUCCCUAUUUGGUCUGGUGAAGAUUUGCACAAGCUGGUUGUCAAGAACAUUAAAGGGGUCGCCACGUCUUUGGAAGGUUGUGUGAAUAUGUACUUGCAAAGUGUUGAGUAUGAGAGAAUACCAUCAAAAAUCUUAGUCUACCAGGCUUCUGAUGAUCCUCUUUACAAGGGCUACAGAACUGCUGUGGAGUCCACUAGCCAAGAGGAGGCUCUGCUGGGGUUCGCUAUAUGGGAACCACCUCAUGGCCGGUAUAAAAUGUUGAACUAUCCUUGGAGCGAAUUCGUAAAAGUCAGCGGUGCUCUGAGGCACUGUGCUUUCACGGUGAUGGCGAUGCACGGCUGUAUUCUUUCAGAAAUACAGGCACCUUCUGAACUAAGACAAGUUUUCAAGGAAGGUAUUCAGAGAGUUGGUACCGAAGGAGCUAAAGUUCUGACUAUGCUUAGUGAAAAAGUCGAAAACAUGGAAAAAUUAAGUUCAGAAGACCCUCUUGCAGAUAUUCAUGAUGCUGCUGAGAAUUUGCAGAUGAUGAUCGACCAGAGAUCCUAUCUCUUAGUAAACGCAGAUAGUUGGGAUAGCGACAGACGGCCUGGGAAUCUCGACCCAGAGAUGAUUCGUGAACUGAAAGAGAACGAAAACAAGCCCUUCUUGGUCAAGUCUCUCAGUUCAAUCAACCAGCAAUCAACUCAGACACUAGUUACUGCAAACAAUGUGGAUUCUGGAGAGGACGUCUUUAAGCAGCAGACAAUGUGGCCUUCGCGCCCCUCUCUCUCCAACGAACGUGAAAUUCGGACAUAUGAAAGCGCGAGUGCAUUGUCUCUAGCAACUUUUACCUCUUUGUUGAUCGAGUUUGUUGCCAGGCUUCACAACCUGAUUCACUCAUUCGAGGAGCUCAGUGAGAAGGCUGAGUUCAGGGAGCCGGUUGAGACGAUGGAAACGAAAACGAGCUGUGGUUUCUUCUCUGGAGUGCUCAAAUGCUUGUGCUCCAAAACUAAUACAGUCCAAGAACUUGUAUGAUGAUCAAGUGAAUUGUUGGUUUAUUAUCAGUAACUAGAAUGUGAACUUUUGAUAGAAUCAAGUAACCAGAAACAAUCAGAUACUCCAUUCGUAAGGCAAUUUAGGGUGAAUUGUUCCCAUAUAAAUGUGAACUUUUGAUAGAAUCAAGUAACUAGAAUGAUGUCUGUAUAGUAUUCCAAGGCUCACUGUUUAAUCAUUCUGUACUACCUUUGAAUUGGAUUU